AUGGCAUCACCCUUCCUCACACCCCACACAAUAAGCGACAAACCCCCAGACCUCCUCAUAACAGUCCGCUUCUCCGCCUCAAUCCCAGAUCUCCAACUCGACGUGCCAGCCCCAGAAUCCACAACAGGCGCAGGCCUAAAGCAAUUAAUCCGAGCCGAGUUGCCCCCGGAUCUCUCAUCACACCGACUCCGCCUCAUCUACGCCGGCCGCGGUCUAGAAGAUACAUCCGCCUUAACAGUCUCGCUCAAGCUUCCGCCAUCCCCGAGCCGCAGUCCGAGCCCCGCAUUAGAAUCAGAAGACCAAAGUGAAGCAGCAACCGAUAAUGGCCUUGACAAGGACAAGGGCAAGCAGCCAGUGCGGGAUACACGCCCGCGGCUCUACAUUCACUGCUCAAUAGGCGACAUCGCACUCUCAGAAUCCGAUCUAGCCAGCGAAGCAGCGGUUGCUUCAACGCUCCUCCUCCAGAAAAGAAAAGAGAAGGCAUCCAAGGAUGCUGCGUCGACUCUAUUCCCCCGCUCUGGGCAAUCCCAAUCACAGCCCCAAUCCCAAGCCCAAGCCCAGCAACACACACCCUCCCAUACAACAACACCCGCACCCCGCGGCUUCGACCGUCUUCUCUCAGCCGGAUUCACCGCGGCCGAAGUCACAGCCCUACGUUCCCAAUUCCUAGCCGUGCAAUCCGUAUCACAUACGCGUGACACAAUGCCUACGGGUGAUCAGCUGCGCGAUCUUGAAGAUCGGUGGAUGGAUGAGGGGUCGACGGCGGCGGCUGUGGCUGGUGGUGGGGAGGGGAUUGGCGGUGGAGAUGAUGAUGGGGGCAUCGGGGCUGGGUCGCGCGAGGCGAUAGAUGAUAUGCUGUGGGGGGCUGUUAUGGGGUUCUUUUGGCCUAUUGGGUGUGCUAUGUGGUUGAGGAGGGAGGAGGGGGUUUGGAGUUGGAGGAAGGGAGUUGCUGUUUUUGUGGGAGUUGUUGUUAAUGCUGCUUUUGGGAUGAUGAGGAUUAUAGGGUAG